AUGGAUAUCCGUGAUGAAGUGAAGCUUAGUAGAACAAAAAUUACAUUUAAUAGAGGAAAAACGCAAAAAAAAAAGAACAAUCAAGUGGAAUCGAGUACUGCGGAUGCUGUGUUAAAUCCAAAACCGUUGAAUUCUGUGAAACCAGUGACAGCAGAUGAAUCUGAUUCUGAAACCCUCAGGAUGAUCGAUGCAGAAGAACAUAUUCCAUUAGCAAUCCUACAGAAGAGAAAGCAACGAGAACCUGCAACAGCUUCAAAAGUGGUGGAUCCAAUACUGCUGAAAAACAUAAAUGAAUCAUAUACGGAGGAAACCGUGAAUGAUGCGAACCCUCAACCAAAGAAUCAGAAAAAGUCCAAAAUCACAUUCACAGUAAAAGCUCCAGCUGAAAAAGUUAUUGAUCCAGUUCAAACUGCUCCGGUUCAAGCUGCUCCGGUUCAAGCUGCUGUGGUUCAAGCUGCUAUGGUUCAGGAGGAAGACAAUGACGAUGGUAUGCAUGCUGCUAGGACAAGGAUUCUGCGUAAUGUAUUGAAGUUUUCUAAACACAAAAAGCAUAUUCAGCAUAACAAUCGCAGGAUAAGUAUGUCCCCUGGAAGGAAUGAAAUGGCAAGUCCAGAAGCAAUAGCAUUAAAAAUAAAGAAGCAGCAACAAAAGAAAAAAGAGGAUUUUGAAAUGGAGAAGAUGAGAGAGGCUGAUAUAGCUGAAGAAGAAGCUGAAAGAACAAGAAAACAAGAAGAUGAGAGGAAGAAAAAAGAGGAAAAUGAGAGGUUGAUAAAGGAAGCUGAGAGGAAGAAGAAAGAGGAAGCUGAGAUUAAGAAGAAAGAGGAACCUGAAAGGAAAAAAGCGGAAAUUGAAAGGAAAAAAGCUGAAAAAGAGGAAGCUGAUAAAAAGAGAAAGGAAGUUGCCGAAGCUAAAAAAUUAGCUGCGAAAGAAGAAGCUGAAAGAAAGAAAUUAGCUAUAAAAGAGUUAGCUGAAAGAAGGAAGGCCGAGAGGGAAGCUGCAAAAUUGGCAGCAGAAAAAAAGUUGAAUUGGCAGCCGAAAAGAAGAAGGCUGAAUUGGAGGUUGCAAGGAGAGAGAAGGAGAGAGCAAAGCAGGCUGAAGUUGAAGAUGAACCUCCAUCGAAAAGAAAGCAUAUUGCUAAUAGGAAGCAAAAGGAGAAAAAUGUGA